CUCUUAUCGUUGCUUCCUAGUGAGAAGCCACAGGACAGGAAAUUUACGCUUCACACUAACUCCAUUAUUGUUUAUAGAUUUCCAUCUGUUAGCAGUAAUGCUCCCUUUAAGUAUUGUUUUACCCCUGUAAGCCCAGGAAAAUCGGACGUCAUUUGGUCUGACUACUGUACUAGAUUUAGGUUACGUUCUGCCUGACAAAUACAUAUAAUCUAGCAGCAAGGUUGUGUCAAGGAUUGCAAGCAAACUGACAGCCAUCUGUGGAUUAAGUUUCAGAGGGUGGGGAUGCUUUCAGUUGAUACUGUAGCUGUUUUCAUAUGUUGGCCUCAGUUGAUAUGGUUAUUAUUAUUACUAGUUCCUCGAUGAAUCAACAUUUCAGUUGGGCAUGACAAGUCCUGCCUGAUUGGUUGGCUGGGCAGUGCUGAUUUCUUGACAAGUCUCUUCACAAUUCUGUUUUCAAUAUAAUAAAAAUAGAUAGUAAAUGAAGCGAAGUGGUUGUCGAUUAGCAUGAGGACCCAUAAGAUCCAGUGUCCUGUGCCUCUGUGUUGGGACUUUGGUGCUUUUGGCGAUUCGCAUGGCAAACCUUGAAAUUUCCCCUGUGCGUUACCAGAUGGCAGAAGAGUCUAAUUCUUUGGAGUACACACCAACAUGGGUAGUUGCUGUUGUCUGCUUUGUAAUCGUUCUAAUGUCUCUUUUCGCUGAACGUGCUCUCCAUAAACUGGGAAAGUGGUUGAACAAAAAGAAACAAGAAGCAUUAUUUGAAGCCCUACAAAAAUUAAAAGAAGAAUUGAUGCUUUUGGGGUUUAUCUCCCUUCUGCUAACUGUUACUCAAAAUGCUAUAAGCCGCAUUUGCAUUCCACCUCAGUUUGCAUCUGUAAUGCUUCCAUGCAAGAGAGAAACUGAGAGCAGAAAUCAUGGAGAACAUUUUCAUCAGGCUCUAAACAGUCGGAGGCGCUUGCUGUCUGCCAGCAGUAAUGCAGCUCACUGUAGUCAUGAGGGGACGGUUCAACUGUUUUCUUUGGAAGCAUUGCACCAGUUGCAUAUCUUUAUCUUUGUUUUGGCAGUUGUGCAUGUGAUAUUCUGUGCCUCUACAAUGGUUCUUGGAGGGGCAAGGAUACGGCAAUGGAAGGCGUGGGAAAAGUCAAUCUGGAGUUCAAAACCAGAAGAUCAAACUAAGCCUGCUCAUGAACACCAUCACCGUCUGUUCCAACACCACCAUAAUCUGUUCUUUGAGAAGCAUGCUAAAGGACAUUGGAGAAAGUCAGUUGUUAUUAGUUGGUUGAUUUCAUUCUUUAAACAUUUUUUUGGCUCUAUAACCAAGUCAGACUACAUUGCACUUCGACAUGGAUUUAUCACGCAACAUUGUCCGCAUCUCCCCCAGUUUGAUUUCCACGAAUACAUACUGCGGACGCUUGAAAUCGAUUUCAAAAAAAUUGUUGGAAUAAGCUGGCAUCUGUGGCUCUUCGUGGUGAUCUUUUUGCUGCUGAAUGUGGAAGGGUGGCACACGUAUUUUUGGUUGGCCUUUUUGCCUUUAGUUCUUCUCCUCCUUGUGGGUGCUAAGCUAGAACACAUAAUCACCUGUAUGGCUCAGGAGGCGGAUGAGAAGAUGCACAAGAAGGAAGUGAAGCCUUCUGACAACCACUUCUGGUUUCACAACCCUGUCAUUAUGCUUCACUUGAUUCACUUCAUUCUCUUUCAGAAUUCAUUUGAGAUAGCCUUCUUCUUCUGGAUUUGGUCCACAUAUGGAUUCCGUUCAUGCAUCAUGGAAAAACUGGGAUUCAUCAUUCCAAGACUUAUUAUGGGCUUGAUUGUUCAAGUGCUAUGCAGUUACAGCACCUUACCUUUGUACGCUCUGGUCUCCCAGAUGGGAACAAACUACAAGAGAAGCAUGUUCUCUGCUCAUAUGCAAUCAGCAUUAGGCAGAUGGGCUCAUGCUCAAGCUGAUCCGCUCACAACAGAAUCAUCUGAGACUGUUCCACAGGAAAUGCAUGUUAUAGAACCAACUGCAGAAUCUGUAACUCAACAUUCCAUUAUUUCUCCAAUUCCUUAAAUUUCCAUAUUCCUUCCCUCCUCUUUUACUGAUCUCUUCAGCAACUAUACUUCAAAAUUUCCCUUCUUUCUUUUAUAGCCUUCACGAUGCUGAUUUAUAUUUAUUUAUUUGGAUUACAUCUUUAAAUAUCAUUUUGUAUUCCUCUUCUAUCCUUAAAAAAAGAAACUUACUGAUUAUCAAUUCUAUUUCUCAUUCAAUCUGAAUGAAAUUUCUCAACUCAUUAAAUUGGCAUGUGGUGGACAACCCUGCUUUAAAAACAAAAAAUAUAUUCUUUUGAAUCUGGAGAACUGCUUUUAGAGAAAAACAAGUAGAUUGAGGUUUUUCAAAAGAAAAUAGAUUUGUCAAAAACAGUUUAUAAAAAUAUAUUUUAAUAAACAAAUAAUUUAUUGAAUAAAAAAAUUAUAAACCUGCUUUUUAAUUCUAAAUGGUGGAAAAUAAUAUAAAACUAAAUUAGUGCCUUAACCUAGUGAAGAUCAAAUCUCACCAGGACUGGGAAAAAGAAACAACAGGAGGAAGGAGCAUAUGAAAAGGGUGGCAUAUAAUGCUAGAAGGAAGAUAGACACAAUCAGAUGCUAAGAGGAAAUGACAUAACAAAACACAAACUCCACCUAGCUAUAUUUAGGUUCCAUUUGGCAAAUUUUUCUUUUUAUAUCAAAAGCACACAAAAUAAUCCUUAAAUAAUGAAACAAAAUCAAAGAAUUCCUACAAGCAUGUGGACCAUUAAACCUAUUUCACUAUAAGAUCCAGAAACAAUGGCUCCUCUUUCACCAUUGCAUAUUGCCACUCCUAAUUCUGCAUAAGAUAACCAAAUUCCUGUACCCUAACUUUGGUAAAGAGAAAUUAAGACAAGCUUAUUUUUUUCCAAAAGACUGAAAGCUUUUAUCUAUUUUCUUAAUAAUUUAAGUGGGUAAACCCAAAUAUCCUGAAUUCUCAGAACAUCAUCUUUAAUAUUUUAAUCAUAUCAUGCAGAUGCUCAGGUGACAUUUAUAAGUUUAUUGAAUAUUAACUACAGAAUAAAAUGUUCUG